AUGGAAGGUCUUGCUGGAUAUUAUGGUGCUACUAGAGGUCCCAAUCCACUUGGCGCGGGCUCGGGAGUUAUUGGUUCUUCAACCGAUCCAAAUUUUGUUAAUUCACAAACUACUACUUACUCCCCUGGUCCUGUAAUCACUUACCCAACUCAUAUUCAACCAGGUGGUCAUCCUUCACGUUCCGGUCCAACACUUCCUGGCAACAUCAGUGGUUAUUAG